AAGCUAGCAAAUCCAUCUUGAAUUUUUCAUCCUUAGUUUCCAGUGCUCCGAUUAUUGUUUUUUAAUCUUUUAACUGCCUGGGGACAGGACAGCGUUGUAACACGGCCUUACUGCUGCAUAAACAGCGAUAGCUGCGCCUGUCCCUACUGGGUCCAGCGUGUCGCCAGUUUAACCAGCUGGCUUGGCUUGGUGGAUACUAAACCCAGGCAAUCUGCAAAACACACGAUUAACUCCAAUACUUUAAAUUGCGAAAGUCUGAAACGUGGCAUCUGCCUCAUAGGCCAUGUACAUGCAGAUAGUUAUUUUCUUACGCAGAACACGGGUAUUUCAGUCAGCCGCAUCACCCUGCGUUAGAUGGGGAUGCAUGUUAUUUUUUUGUACUGGGAUGGGGAAUCCGUUAGUGUCUUGGGCCGGUUUCGAGCUAGAAAUAGUAAUACUAGUACUGCCUCAAGUGUCGCCUUUUUACGGGAAAUGAACUUUUUGCGUUUGUGAAGUCAGAAUAAGCAGCGUCGGUAUUGCAAAUUUAGUCCUGAUGUUGCGGAGCUGCAGCACCGUUUUGGGGCGGAGGGACAGCAGCUUCGCCUCAGGCACUGGACAAGCCUGGACCAGUAGGAUCAUUGUCGAUGUUCGGGUUCGGCGAAGUGGUCGAUGCCCACGGACCCAGUCUUAGGUCCUAAAUGCCUGGUGGGUAUAUGAUCUUGUCAUGCUUUCAUCGGCUGAAAUGCACGGAAGGCCGGCGACUUCACGGUUUACAGAGCCCAUAUGAGCUCAUGCGUGCGGUGGUGGGGGCGAAUGAGGACGGAGAAAUGGUACGACCCCGCAACAAAGUCCACUUCCUACAGUAUAUGUUGCAGUUGUUUGCAACAAUAGUGACCCUCCAUUGGUAUACAGAUGAUGAGACCAAAAGAAAAUCUCGUCUUGAUUUGGAACUUUUUGCACUACUUGCUGUGUACUAUAUUUUUUUAAUCAGCUGAUAUAAUAUUGCACAUCACGCAGAAUAUAAUAAAACUCCCCAGUACAGUAUCCAUACUUUUUAAAAGGGAUUUACUUAAGUACAAAUGCGCAUCUUUAUUUUUAUCAAGAGAAACAAACUGGGCUUCACAUCAAAUCCUGUACUUUACCAUAUUCUUAUAGUGGAUCUUUAGAUUUAAUACAGUGGAGUAUAUAUCAUAAUCAAAGGUGGUAUAUUUUAGCUCCAAAUGGGCUGCAAUUCAGUUCAGGUCCAGUUUCUCAUUUAAAAAAAGAAAAAGUCAGUAACCAGGCCUCACCAGUCAAUAACCAGGUCUGAUAUAUAGCCAAAAAUAUAUAUUUUUUCUAAGAAUCAGACUUUUGUCUAAAAUGCAAAUAGUAAUCAUAACAAUUUAUUCUUCUUGUAGCUUCUGAAUUAACACAAUGACAAAGGUACUGAGUAUUCGCUGUCUUUGCUCCGUACUCUCAAUGUUUACCUUUAAGGCAGGGCCUGUUAAUAUUUGCUUGUGAUAUUUGUUCAUAAGCUAUACCUGUAUUUGUGAUUCAUUUUGGUAAACACUGCGUGGCAAACAUUUGCCUAAAUUAAAACAACUCUCAGUGAGAUAUUACAGUAUGUAAAAGUUUCAUAUUUAACUAUUAAACAGUCCUGUAAAUAAGAACAAUCAAGAAUAUGGGUCAUAUCUGUUCAGUAUCUCCCCUUCAGUUCCAAAUGAAUAUCAGGUACAACCAGCACUGUAUGUGUGUGCAUUUUCUAACUGACUAAAAUAUAAAUUUGUGUACUUAAACUUACUUAUAAGUCUGGAGAAACAAAGAAUUAGUGUAUGAGCAUGUGGCCAGUAAAGGCUUCUUUGAACAUUUAAUUAACUUUUUUAUAAAUCACUUGAGCAGCAAUGAAAAUUGAAACACGAAUGUGCUUUUGUUUGCAUUCUGUUAUAUGGCUGUAUACUGUAUCUCAUCUUCAUAACGCCUUCUUAUUUUCCAACUGUCCAGCCCCUACUCAAGGCUGGACGUGGCUGCCCUCCUUCUGUGAAUUUAAUCCCCCCCCCCCCCCCCAUUAAUGCAUGAUUGCAGCAUGAAUCUCUGUUGAAAUCAAAGAAGAAUAAGAAGUACAAUGGGUUGUUGUCUGUGCUGUACCACCAUAACGAGUGUCUUGUUAGGUGCUGCCUUGUACACUGACAAGUGUGGCAUUGUUGCCCCCCUUCAGCCAGUAAAAUGGGCCGUCGUCACCACUCUGUUCAAAUCAGAUCAAAUUCAAAUUUUAUUUGUCACAUGCAUCAUCAUACAUAGUACAACCUGCACUGAAAUGCUUUCUGUUACCAUUACGAUAAGCCCAAAGCUGAAACGGUGUCUGACGUUACAGGGACCUGAAUCAUGAAGCAGGAUUUCUUUGCUGGAUGACUUGUUGAACUUAAGGUAGUCUGGGCUAGAUAUAAGUCAAUGAAGAUAGUCGAUUUAAACUGGGGUACCUUAAAUCCGACAAGUUAUCUGGCUAAAAAAGAAAUCCAGUUUCACCAUACAGGUCCUAGGAGUAAGUAAUGAACCAAAAUAACACUGAUUUAAACAAGGAGCAAACAGCAUAGUGAGUAAAUAAACAGUAAAUAAAUGUAACAUAUAUCUGACCCCUCCUAGAAAAAAAUCUGGAAGUCAACAGGCCAACUUUGCAUGUUCCUAACAUGGUGAUGAGUCUGAUUAGGUCCACCUGUGUUUUAUUAAUUGAGGUGUCAGCUGAUAAAUCAACAUGGUGAUGCUGGAGCUCUCCCCAAAAGCCAGUCAUUCCAUUGCUGCUUCAUAUCCUGUCAUUUCUUUGGUUCUUCCUCCUCUUUGGAACAGCACUCUUGUCUGCGGUGUCAAAGCCAAGUCAACCAGUGCAGAGAAAAAUCUGAGAGGUUCAUUCUGGAGUAGAACCUCUUUUGGGCACUCCAGGGAUCCUCUGUAGUCUGGUGGUCAGGAUGCUCUUCUCACCACACCCAACGUCAUUGAGGCUGCCCUUUGAAGUGUCUGUGUUGUUGGAUGGUGUGUGGCUGAGAUGGUGGUGCCCCCCCUGCCCUCACCGUGACUCCCAGCCAUUCAGUCUUCCAGUGUGGGUUGUCCAUUCCUGAUCCUGGUCAGUGAUGGCACUAGGGCCCUUUCUUGCUUUCUGGCCUAUUAUCGGGCUGCUAGUGGCACAGUCUUCCUCCGAGACACCCUCAACAAUCCUGCCCCAGCCGACGGCCAUGAAUGUUACUCAGUGUGAACAAAUAUGUUCCUCUACUUCCGGCUGUAUCAACAUCCUGUUUAACAGCACCACUAAUGAGUGCCAGUUAAGUUGCGCUGGUGGCAGCUGCCAACGUAAAGCGGAGGAGGAGCUGUUGAGUACAGGCACCCCUGUAAAUAUCUCCACUGUUGCUGUCAAUGAAAGUGUAUCGAAAUCUGGUGGGGCGGCCUUCAGUUCAACUGCGGCACCCAAAAGUGAACCCCCCCCCGAAAAGGGAGUCCCAGUGAAUACAUCACAUGUAACCGUGCCUCUCCUAAGUACUGAGAAAAAGCCCGGGGCAACAGGUACUGUCACGACGGAGCUCCUGAGGACGGGCACAACCAAACCCCCACUGAUCACCACGGUCACCAUGAAUUCCUCGAUGACAACUGCAGCCAAUAUUACAACCAAGCCCCCUACAGUAACGUCAACCACCGUCACGGCAAAACCCUCAGACACGACCUCCCUGACGACCACCCCAAUCCCAGCAAAGUCCUUGAAGACACCCACUACCACGAUAAAGGAGCCAACAAAACGAUUAGGAGCCACUACGGUGAACAAAGUGCCGUCACCCUCCUCUCCGACGACCCCCAGCACUCAAGCUACCUCUAGGGUUCCUGCACACCCAGCAACUUCACCGCCGAAGAGUAGCCCGGGUAAGGAUGUCAGAGAACCAAAUAAAGCCAUUUUAGACAUUACUGCAAGCUCCCUGACCAGACAGGUGGUUGACACCAGCACUCUGCUAGCCAUCCUUAUCUUCGGCCUGCUUUUUUUUGUGGUCAGUGUGAUUCUCUUCCUCACACAAGCCUAUGAGAGCUACAAGAAGAAAGACUACACCCAAGUGGACUACUUAAUAAAUGGGAUGUAUUCAGAUUCAGGAGUUUAAUGGUAAAGAGUUUACAUUUUUGGUUCCUUUUUCUGUUGAGAACUGAUUCGUAAUGUUGUGGCAGCCUGACGUUCAGAGCACCGACGUUAACGCUGUGGUUUCCCAUGGUUCUGAAGGGACUUGUACAGUCCUACAUAGAGUUUGCACACCACAUGCAGGUCAGCUGUAGUCAAUGGGUCUUUUGAGGUUUCGUUUUUACAGUGAGACCUAGCAUGGGCCUAACUGAACCUGCAUGCUGGGAUCUUUGUGUGUUCAUCUUACCUACUUUUCUCUAUGCAGAUGGUGCUUCUCUAUCCAGUCAUUAAACCCUGAAGACUAAUAUUUUCUUCAGUCUAUCUCAAUCUAUACUUAAGCCAUCAAAUGUUAAGUUUUUGUUAAUGUAAAGGGUUUUUUUUUUUUAUAAACGUCAAAUCCUGGUUAUUGGUACAGAAAAAUGAAUAGCCUUUGUAGACAAUUCAAAGUUCUGUACUUGGGUUCUUUGGAAUGACUUGAUCAAUAAUGCCUUUACCUUCACUUGUUACUAGCUUUCUCACCACUUAUUACUAUUUUUAUUUUUUAUUUUUUUCCUUGUGACAUUCCACUUUGUCUUUUGAAGAGUGGACGCCAAAGCGCUCAGUGAAGGACCUAAGCACAUUCACAUAAAGCCCAGAAAGUUGCCCAGCCAUUCCUGGAAUCCACAAGCCCAUUUUUACCACCAGGAGGGUUUUCUCAACAAAUCAGAGAUUUGAACAAGGAAUGAUAUAGACUGGUUCAUCUAUUAUGUGCCAACCUGGGUCUGUGCAGUCUUACAAAUGCACAGUUAAAAAAUGGAACGGGUUUUGCAAUAAUAAAUUGUAAACAGGUCAUCUUUUAUUUCUUCCUCAGUUUUUAAAUUUGACCUGUUUUUGGCUGCCGGCAUGCGAAGCGGGUUCUGCUGCCUGUUCAUUUCCUCCCAUGUUUCUCAGGGUCGUUGCGUUAUUGUUUUUGUUGCGAUGCAUGACGAGGUGGGUGUGGCCUAUUCAUGGCUGUGAAGCUAAGUGAUUCAGUGUAUCCUGGGUUGAGUUUGAAAGUCUGGGAAUUUAAUUGGUAAGGAAGGAAAUGAGUAAGGCAAGAGGAAGGUACUUAGACACCUUCACGAGGUUCACUCACUCCAGGGAAGCUCUUGCACAAAAACUGAGGGGGGAAACAUGGCUUUCUUUAAAAGGUUAUUCCGAAUUGCUCCAACUUGUGAAGCUGCCAGCCCUCGAUUCCCCUUCUAUUCAGCAGGUCCAUUGGUUGUUAAAAACAAGGAUGCUGUGUUCCACCUCAUUUAACUGGUCUAAACUGUAAGCCUGCUGGGAUUGAGGAAAAGGUUUUGCAUUCUUCACUGCCUCAUUUUGUGUUGAGUGGAGUUAAAUUUCCUCCGUCGGACGGAUCUAGCCAUCAUUACCGUUCCAGUAUUUAUGGCAAAUAAUAAAUUCCCAUCUGACCAGUCA